ACUGAAUAUUUAGGCAGCAGCUACUGCGGCUUGUUAUGAAAAUAAAUUUUUUUUUGGUUUCCUUCUCUUCCACGAGUCGUUGCCGCAAUGUUACUGCUCGGUUAUAUAAAUAUGUAAUUAUUUGUAAUUCUUAGACGUGGCGAUGUUAUCGUUGACAGGAUCGUUUUUCUUUUAGCUGACCUCAACAAAGAUUCCUAAGGACACGCGCUGUCACGCUGCAGAAUGGUCGCAUUAUGUCAACACGAUCAACCACGCACUGUUCGAUACGAAUCUGCUCGUUUUGCAACUACUGCCACUCUAGAUCGUCGAAAUCAAUCAGGAAUAUAUUGCUUUGCCAUUAUGCAACAACAGGUACAGCUGAACAGUAUGCACCACUAAAAAAGAAGACUAAGCAACGCUCUAAGAAGUAUGCAGAAUUAUUAGAAGUAACAGAUCAAGCUAUCAGUAACAGAAAAGCAGCUGUACGAAAGUUAAACUCUACUCGUAUAUCUAUGUUGGUUGGACAACCAGAUAUUACACUAGACAAGUUACAUAAAAUCAGUAGUUCCUAUUUUGAUAAAAAGACACACACAACACAAGCAACGGUUGACGAUACUAAGUUAAAAAAUAAAAAUAAGCUAGACGAUGUACAUUAUAUGAUACUUAAAGAAUCCAAAAACAUCAUAGAAGAUAAAUCCAUGAUAGUGGGAGAAUUACAGGAAUCUGGCAUAAGUGAUAGCACAACCUUGAUAAAAGACUCUGCUUUUGUGGACACGUUACAUCAGAUCAGAAAUAAUGAUACAGAUGAAAAUCAAGAUGAUUUUGACAAGCUUCCACAAACUUCCAUGAAGCAGGAAAUUUCAGAAUACAAUAAAAUUCCUUUCACAAAGGAGAAGGAUCCAUUUGAAAUUUUUCCCUCUGAUUAUAACUUGAUAUCCCAAUUGCUGGCAUGCAUAGAUGUUUACACACAAAAUGGAAUGCUAAACAAAAGCUUUAAGCUGAUAUUAUCAAACAAGAAACAACUUAAUGCGAGCAAGAUACCUGCCACUGCAGUCUACAAUCUACUUAUGAAAGGUUACGCUUCUAAGUCGCAUCCGGAAAGGGUUUCAGAGAUCUAUGAUUUAAUGGUUGAGGACCAUGUGAAAAUGGAUGUGGAGACGUUUGCUACCAUGUUCCAAGUAAUUGGAAACAUGAAAUCACAGACAAAACAGAUGGAGAUGUUGACGAAAGUGAUUAAAGAUAUGACUCGCUACAAGGUCUUCUUCAGCGACAUACUAAACACAUCGCAGAUGAAACCGGCGCAUCGCGAGGCUAUUCUCCGAUGUAUUCGUUUGGCGUCUCCGGAAUACAACGCGACAUAUCCCAGCUUCGACAACUCGUAUAAAUGUAAGUUACUGCAGAAUCUAAAAGUGGGACAUAAUUAUCACAGUCCGACCAAAGGAAUCGUGAGCUUGAACGAACUACGGCAAGUGGUUCAAACGCAGAUCGACGCCGAAAUGCAGCAAGAACUGAAAGUGGAGAAUAUCGCUAAAUUCACCGGAGAUGUUAGCGUUAAGCAACAGGCUGUCGAACGAAUCGCGGAAUGGGAGAAAUCCUGGAAGUUAGCUGUAGUGGAGGCUUUCGAAAAGAACCUGUCUCACCUAAAGCAAAAGGAGAUGAGAAUAAUCCAUGAUUUAUCCACUCUCUAUCCAUUUCUACAAGUGUUGCCGCAGGAGGCGUACGUUGAUGCAAUUAUGCGCGAGAUUAGACGACUGGCCAGAUCCUCCGAAGCAUUCAACUUUUCUAUGUCGUUCGUUUAUUUGACAUUAGGAAAAUAUAUUUAUAAAAAGUACGAGUUUCACAAGAUGAAAGAGACCAAACUCACGGACAACAUUACUAAAAUCUACGACAAGUACCUAGAGUGGUACACGCAGCAGGACUCUACCGACGUAAACGUGAACGGACGUAUCAAGUGGCAACAACUCACUCAGGAAGUCAUGAAGACUGGCCUUCAUUCCGAUAUAACGAUCCCGAUGUGGCCCCGUCACAUCCUAAUAAACGUCGGCAAGUUCUUAUACAACAUCAUCGUGAACAACGUGAAGAUUCCGUAUAGAACGAAACCAGGCGCUCCUGAGCGACUGAUACCUGCGUUCUAUUUGCUCUUUAGAAAUCAGCACUCGUACUUAACGGAGCAGAUCAAACCACAUCCUCAUUUGUAUAGGGUCUUUAGUGAAUCGCAUCCGGAAAUAUUGACCUUCGAGACAGUCCUGUUGCCGAUGCUUAUUCCACCACGUCCUUGGAUCAACGUGAAUACCGGAGGUUACCUCUUCUCCAAAGCCGAUUUCGUUCGUGAUUCUUGUAUCGAAAUGAGCUCGAUGUAUCUCAUGAAAAACACGCCGACAGAACAGCUUUACCCAGCUUUAGAUUCUUUAAAUCAGCUCGGCUCGAUACCGUGGAGAAUCAAUCAGCCUGUCCUGGAUAUUUUGAUUCAAAUUUUUAGAGAAGGUGGCUCAGAAGAACUGAAUGUGCCUCAACCAUCGUCAUCGCUUCUACCUCUGUCUGAACAACUGAAAAACUUAACAGAACAGAAUAACAAAAGUAAAAUAUCGAUGUUGAUGAUACAGCACAAACGUAAAAAGAACGAAAUGUUUUCACUGUGGUGCGACUGUUUGUACAAAUUAUGUCUCGCUAAUCAUUUUAGAGAUCAGGUGUUCUGGUUACCACAUAAUCUAGACUUCAGAGGUAGAGCAUACCCAGUGCCGCCUCAUCUCACCCAUCUUACUUCGGACUUAGGACGUUCGUUUCUCAUAUUUGCUCAAAAGAAACCUCUGGGCCCAAAAGGUCUCGAUUGGUUAAAAAUUCACGCGAUCAACUUGACCGGUAUGAAGAAACGCGAGCCGAUAGAUAAACGGCUGGAAUUCGCGAAUGAAGUAUUAGACCUCAUCAUAGACAGUGCGAGAAAUCCUUUAAAGGGAAAAAAGUGGUGGAUGAAGUCCGAUGAGCCUUGGCAGACCUUAGCAACGUGUAAAGAAAUAGAUAAGGCUCUGCAGUGUCCGAAUCCGGAAGAGUACCUCACCGGAUUCCCCAUUCACCAAGACGGCACUUGUAACGGAUUGCAACAUUACGCCGCUCUUGGCAGGGAUCAGAUUGGAGCAGAGAGUGUAAAUUUGUAUCCUGCAAGCACACCGCAAGAUGUGUACAGUGUUGUCGUCGCUAUGGUCGAUGAAUUUAGGAAGAGAGAUGCGGAGAACGGUCUUGAAAUAGCCCAAGUCUUAGAAGGGCAUAUUAGCAGGAAAGUUAUAAAGCAAACUGUAAUGACUACGGUAUAUGGUGUGACAAAGUUUGGUGCUAGGCUACAGAUUACCAGACAACUGAGCGACAUAAAGGAGUUCCCUCAGGAGCACAUUUGGAGUGGCAGUCUGUACUUGGUUCAACAGACAUUCAAGUCCCUGCAGACUAUGUUCACGAGCGCAAAGGAGAUUCAAGAUUGGUUCACGGAUUGCGCUCGCAUCAUUUCAACACAAUGCAAUCAGUACGUGCAAUGGGUGACGCCGUUAGGUCUGCCAGUCCUACAGCCAUACAACAAACACAUCAAGCGAAAUGCUAAUACUAAUACCAAAGGCCUUAAAAAACCGGAUACUAUGAAGCAAAAGAACGCUUUUCCACCAAAUUUUAUUCACUCUCUCGAUUCUUGUCACAUGAUGCUGACGAGUUUGCAUUGCGAGCAAGCAGGUAUCACGUUCAUGUCAGUGCACGAUUGCUUCUGGACACACCCACAAUCAGUGGAAAUUAUGAGCAAAAUCUGUCGAGAGCAAUUUGUCGCACUUCAUUGUGAACCUAUUCUCGAGGAUUUGUCAGAGUUCUUUUGUAACAGAUACAUGAAAUGUUUUAUAAAUGACAGAAAACAGAAGGAGGACUUUUCACCGGAGAUCUUCCGUAAGUUGCCAAAGAAGGGCAAUUUUGAUAUCAACAAAGUUCUGUCGUCUCCAUACUUCUUUAGUUAAAAUUUAGCUCCAUUAUUUUCUUGUGUUGUGCUUCAAAGAAAUUACAUUUCAAUGAAAUGUAGAAAAAGAUGUAUAAGAAAGUAAGUCGAGACGUAGUUUUGUAUAAAAAAGAGAAAGAAACUAAUUUAAUGCUAGAUGCUAGUAUAUGCCAUGAAAUAUUGAUUUCAUAGAAUCCAAGGUUAGUAAAUAUAUGUUACUUGAAACUA